UUUCCCUACCAUUCCAGAUUUUUCUUGCAGAAGCCAUUUGCAUUUGCUACUUCAAAAUUCUGUGUUAUGAGCAUAGACUUACAAAUUCAUCAUUCCUUUAGGUGUAGGUGGAUGCAGUUCAGGUUUGUGGAGGUCAGACAACUGCUGAUGGGAGACGUAAUCAAACUGGUGAUGGCAUAUUGUGGAACAUAAUCAGAGCACAAGAACCAGCAGCUUAUAUAGAAAUAAUGAAAAAGGCAAAGGAAUUUGAGAAGCAAUUUAAGCAACAAAAACACAAGGCAAGCACUGAAUAAAGAGGGCCUCUUUGGAGAUACUGGUCUUCAACCAACAGGCGGAGUUUCAGCCGGUGUUCAAGAUGAUUCCCAGUUCACACCUCAAAGUCAACCUGAAUAGUCAACCACUAGAGGAAAAUGCAAAUCUGUUCAAUGAGAGGAUUAGGGUUCCAGUCUCAUAUGAUGACCUUUUUGGAGAGGAUACAAAAGCUGAUUCAGUUUGAUCCUUGGGGGAAUUGGCGUUUCUCAGUGUCAUUUUUGCAAGCACUGAAGUGCAGCUACAUGUUUAUUGUUGAGAAGGCUGCAGAACAAAUCACCUCCAGCCCCAGGAAAAAUGAAAAGAAAAUGGAAAAGCAAAGAGGAUAAUCCAAGUUUAUUAGUUGCUAUUUCUAACAAAAUACUCUUCCAGUACAGAGUUGAGAUAACUUUUCAGCCUACAAUCCCAACUGAGGAAGAAGCAUGAUGCAUACGAUAGAAUUUGUGGUUUCAUGAACUCAUGGUAUGCUCAUUUGAAUUCUCUCUCUCUCUCUCUCUCUCUCUCGCUCUCUCAUGAAUGAAAGAAUGAAUGAAUG